AUGUCAAAAAUUUGUCCUUCACAUAUAAUAGUCCACAGAAAAGAAAAUAUAAUAAAUGUACAGCAUUGGAGUACUCAUUUAUGGCAUAAAAAUGAAAUUGGAAUGCAAAGAUUGCAUACAGAGGAUAGAUCCAUGUUAGCUGUUCAAAGGGUAAAUGAUAUCAGAGAAACAGAAGUUGGGACAGAUUUCAAACGAAUUCAUUUAUUAGAAAAACGUGAUUUAUACAACAUCUUAAGAGAUUAUAAAAUAAAUAACAAUUCAAUUAAGCGACAUGAAAAUAACUUUAUAAGUGUUCAAUUAUGGGUAGAGCAAAUGAAACAACAAAAAGAUGGAAAGAAUCCAAUUUUAUAUUUCAAACAUCGAGGACAGGAAGAUUCCAAAUCAAAUUUAUCAAAAGAUGACUUUUUUCUUGUAAUAAUGACCAAUUUUCAAGCUGAGAUGUUACUACAAUUUGGAAAUAGCAAGAUAUGCAUUUAUGGAACUCACGGGUUGAAUAGUUACAGCAUUCAACUUUAUACUUUGCUUGUUGUGGACGAAUAUGAUAAUGGUGUUCCAGGGGCAUUUUGUUUCAACAACAAAUCAGACACAGCUACUUAUAAGUUGUUUUUUGAAUCUGUAAGGAGUUCUAUAGGAAUUAUUAAACCAUCAGUAUUUAUGUCAUAUGACGAGCCAGCGUUUUAUAAUGCAUGGAGUUUUAUAAUGGGCCCAACUCCUAAGCAGCUUCUAUGUACAUGGCAUGUGUUAAGAAAUUGGAGUAAAAAUCUUUCAAAAAUAAAAUCCCAGGACAAAAAAAUUGUAGUUUUCAAGUCAUUAAAAGCCUUAUUAUAUGAAAUUGAUGAAAAUAGAUUCUACAAAGAACUAUCUUCAAUAACUAAUCAACUAAAAAGUGAUGAAUAUACUGUUGAUUUCGGCCAAUAUUUUAUUACCACAUAUUUGUCAAGAAUAGAAAAAUGGGCGCUUUUCAAUCGUAAACAUAUUGGUAUAAAUACAAACAUGUACCUUGAAGCUUUACAUAAAAAUAUAAAAUAUUGCUACUUGGAAGGUAAACAAUGCAGAAGAUUAGAUUUCUCUAUCAAUGCGUUAAUGUUAUUAGUAAGAGACAAGUCUUUUAAAAGAGUGAUAAAAAUAUCGAAGGAAAAAAAAUCUUCAAAAAUGUUACAAAUUAUUAGUAGGUAG